UGUCGCCGGCGGCGGCGACGGAGACACGAGAGGAAAUAGAUGCAGACGCCCAAGAGCGGAAAAUGGGGCGGCGGCGGCGGGGGCGGGGCGGAGCUGACCCGGCAGCUGUCGUCGACGCAGGCGAGCCCGCGGUUCAGCUUCUCGAGCGCCAUCCUGCCGUCGCUGGGGGCGCGGAGCGAGCGCCACGUCCGGCUCCGGCGGUUCAUCGUGUCCCCCUACGACCGGCGCUACAGGCUGUGGGAGAACUCCCUCAUCCUCCUCGUGCUCUACUCCGCGUGGGUGACCCCCUUCGAGUUCGGCUUCGUCCCCAACCCCACCGGCGCGCUCGCCGCCGCCGACAACGCCGUGAACGCCCUCUUCGCCGUCGACAUCGCCCUCACCUUCUUCGUCGCCUACACCGACCCCAAGACGUUCCUCCUCCAGGACGACCCCCGCAGCAUCGCCUGGCGCUACAUCACCACCUGGUUCGUCCUCGACGUCGUCUCCACCAUCCCCACCGAGCUCUCCCGCCACCUCCUCCCUCCCGCGCUCCACUCCUGCGGCUUCCUCGGCAUGCUCCGCCUCUGGCGCCUCCGCCGCGUCGGCGCCCUCUUUACUCACCUUGAGAAGGACAGAAAGUUCAGCUACUUCUGGGUCCGAUGCGUGAAGCUCGUGUCUGUGACGUUCUUCGCGGUGCACUGCGCGGCGUGCUUCUACUACCUCCUCGCCGACCGGUACCCGGACCCGACGGACACGUGGAUCAGCGGCUACAUGCCGGACUUCCACAGCGAGAGCAUCUGGAGGAGGUACGUCGCUGCCAUGUACUGGUCCAUCACCACGCUCUCCACCGUCGGCUACGGCGACAUGCACGCCGAGAACUCCGGCGAGAUGAUCUUCACCACCGUCUACAUGCUCUUCAACCUCGGCCUCACCGCCUACAUUAUCGGCAACAUGACCAAUCUCGUCGUCCAUGGCACCAGCCGCACCAGGAAAUUCAGGGACAUGAUCCAAGCGGCGACGAGCUUCGCGCAGCGGCACCAGCUACCCAAGAGGCUGCAGGAGCAGAUGGUGUCCCAUCUCAGCCUCAAGUUCAGGACAAAUUCAGAAGGGCUCCAGCAGCAGGAGACGUUCGAGGCGUUGCCCAAGGCCAUCAGGUCAAGCAUCUCGCAUCACCUCUUCUUUGGCCUUGUCCAGAAUGUCUACCUCUUCCAGGGUGUCUCCAAUGAUCUCAUCUUUCAACUGGUUUCUGAGAUGACUGCUGAAUACUUUGCGCCAAGAGAGGAUAUCAUACUUCAGAAUGAAGCACCUGCAGAUUUCUACAUUAUAGUCACCGGUAGUAUGGACUUGAUAGAGCUUCAGAAUAGUAUAGAGCAGCUGGCAGGGAUGGCCAGGUCAGGAGAAGUCGUCGGCGAGAUCGGGGUCCUGUGCUACAGGCCGCAGCUCUUCACAGCAAGAACAAGAUCACUGUGCCAGCUCCUGCGCCUGGAACGGACAGCCUUCCUCAGGAUCAUCCAGUCCAACAUUGCAGAUGGAACAAUAGUCAUGAACAACCUUAUUCAGUAUCUCAGAGAGAAGAAAGACAUCAGUGCCAUUGCUGCAGUAACCAAGGAGAUUGAGGACAUGUUGGCCAGGGGCCAAAUGGAAUUCCCCAUCACACUCUGCUUUGCAGCUUCCAAAGGAGAUAGCUUCUUGCUGCAUCAGCUUCUGAAGCGUGGCUUGGACCCAAAUGAAUCUGAUCACUAUGGACGCACAGCUCUGCACAUAGCAGCUUCCAAUGGGAAUGAGAAAUGCGUCAGGCUGCUGUUGGAGAAUGGGGCUGAUUCCAAUUCUAGAGACCCAGAAGGGAGGGUGCCGCUGUGGGAGGCGCUGUGCAGGAGGCACCAGGCCGUGGUGCAGCUGCUGGUGGACGCCGGCGGCGACCUGUCCGGCGGCGACGCGGCGCCGUACGCGCGCGUCGCCGUCGAGCAGAACGACGCCGCGCUGCUGGGGGAGAUCGUCCGGCACGGCGGGGACGUGUCCGGGGCGUUCAGCGGCGACGGCGCCACAGCGCUGCACCGCGCCGUCCUCGACGGGAACGUCCCGAUGGCCAAGCUCCUGCUCGAGCACGGCGCCGACGCCGACGCGGAGGACGUCAACGGCCUCACCCCUCGGGCCGUCGCCGACCAGAGCGGCAGCGGCGACAUGCAGCGCGUGUUCGCGUCGCACCAAGACGCUCAUAAGACGAGGCCGGCUGCGCAGCGCCCGCCGACGGACCGCAGUGCCGCGGGGGGCACGGCGGCGAUCGUGCCGGGCUCCUCGCCGUCGUCGUCGCGGCGAGGGCGCACGUCCUCCUACUCCUCCACCGCCUCCGCGCGAAGCACGCCGCAGCGGAUGGCCAGCUUCCGCAACUCCCUCUUCGGCGUCAUCUCCUCCUCCCACGCGGUCCAUCACGACGGCGGCGGCCACAGGGGCGGCGGCGAGAGCUCGAGCUCGAGCGCGGGCUCGCAGCUGGUCAGGGUGGCCAUCUCUUGCCCGGAGAAGGGCGGCAGCAGCAAGCUGGUGUUCAUGCCGGAGACGCUGAAGGGACUCCUCGAGCUCGGCGCGGCCAGGUUCGGGUUCGCGCCGAGGAGGGUGGUGACGAGCGGCGGCGCCGACGUCGACGACGCGCGGCUCGUCAGGGACGGCGACCACCUCCUCCUGGUCACUGACCGGUGGGCCCCAGAAAAAGGAGCCACGGGUAGGAAUCAAUAGGGACCGUCCGAUCAAACACUCGCGGCCCAGAUAGAGGUGAGAGAAGAUGUAACAUAGGAAAAUUUGCACUAAGGCCCCCCUAAAAAGCUAUAUUUUAUUUUCAUUACUAGUCUCUAGAUGGGGUCGGGAUUUCUUUCUCCGACCUCUUUGAGCUUUCCUUACCGUUAGAUCGAUAUCCAACGGUGUAUAUUAUAAGAGUAAUACAAAUUAUAUCUUUAAAUUUCUAUAUAGUUUAUCGUAAGAGGAAGAUUGUAUAUUCCGUGUCGAUGUCAGUAUGUUGUUAAUAUAGUAUCUUAGAUACUAGGAUGGUAUAUAUGGUAUCACAUCUAGAGGUGGGUAUUUGGU